GCCCUCUCCUCUGCCAUACCACAGAGACCUGUGUAUGCUGGUGUUCACCGCCCGUAAGAGUCCCAUAUUGCUUCAGCCUUAUUGCUGAAGGAGAGCGCCGCUGUCUGGGAGAGGAGCCUUCGCCCUGGGUGCGGAGGAAGCAGGGUGGGAAGCUGCGCUGCCCAGGCACAAGCCCGCCGGCUGCAGAGGGCAGGGGAAGGGAUCUCUUCAGCCAGUGAGGAGGGGAAAGCCCACCAGCUCCUUUGCAACGCGAGAGGCUACACUGUGCUGGAGAAGUGUUCCAUGGUGCUGAGUUGGGGCUCUUCAAGAAAGACUCCUCAUUUCAACUUAAAGAUCUUGCCUGAUUUCUGCAGCCACCUGAGGGGGUGCUGGGGCCCAGGACCACAGGAUUUGGUGCUCUGGUACAGGCUUUUCACCAACAAGCUGGGGAGAUUAAGCGUUUCGAUCCAUACUUUGAAAGCAGCUGACAGUGUGCGGUAAUGUGCUGACUGGCACUAUGGGCAGGCGGUACCCGGGGGCUCACUAUCGGCCAAGCAGCUCAUAUUUUCAUCUCUAGAGCCCAAUUUGACACUAAGUACAACCUUAGAAAUUUCAAAUUAUAAUCUAUUUCCUGAUGCAUUGCUGACGCCCCGUGAGCCAUGUCAGAAGUACUUCCAGUCGAUUCUGGCGUGGACACGUUGGCAGUGUUUAUGGCAAGCGGCAGCACGACGGACGUUGUGAACCGCAACAACCCCGCCACCCCACCGAACACCCUUAACCUGCGCUCUUCGCAUAACGAACUUCUGAAUGCAGAAAUUAGGCACACAGAAACCAAGAACAGCACUCCUCCGAAAUGCAGGAAAAAAUACGCGCUGACUAACAUUCAGACAGCCAUGGGUCUUUCCGAUCCAGCAGCGCAGCCCCUUCUGGGGAACAGCUCUGCCAAUAUAAAGCUGGUGAAGAAUGGAGAAAACCAGCUCAGGAAAGCCGCCGAGCAGGGACAGCAGGAUCCCAACAAAAACCUCACUACCACUGCAGGCAUAAACGUAACUUCUGAGAAGUUUGAAGGCAAAGAGCCGAUCCCGCAGGAUUCCUCUGGCUGUGAAAUAUUACCCUCGCAGCCAAGGAGGACCAAGAGCUUCCUGAAUUACUAUGCAGAUUUAGAGACGUCUGCUAGAGAGCUAGAGCAGAGUUUUGUUGCGAUGGAAGAUAAAUCUGCGCAAAGCAACAGCCAGGCUUCUACUGUUAUUGUCAAUGGGGAAGUCCUGCCCCGGAAACAAAACCAAGUGUCAAGCCCAGAGGAUGGCCAAGUUGCCACAGUGUCGUCAAGCCCUGAGACUAAGAAAGACCACCCAAAAACUGGGGCCAAAACAGAUUGUGCCCUCCAUAGGAUUCAAAACCUGGCCCCGAGCGAUGAGGACUCCAGCUGGACUACGCUGUCCCAGGACAGCGCCUCGCCAAGCUCACCCGAUGAAACAGCAGAUAUAUGGAGUGACCAUUCAUUUCAGACAGACCCAGACUUACCACCUGGCUGGAAGAAAAUCAAUGACAUUGCUGGGAUCUACUACUGGCACAUACCAACAGGAACAACUCAAUGGCAACGUCCUGUGUCCAUCCCAACAGAUCUCCAGGGCUCACGAAAAGGAUCGCUUGGUUCCAUUACUCCAUCUCCUACUCCAGAAACUGAGAAACAGCCAUGGAGUGAUUUUGCUGUACUGAAUGGGGGAAAGAUUAAUAGUGACAUUUGGAAGGAUCUGCAUGCAGCCACUGUGAACCCAGACCCAAGUCUGAAAGAGUUUGAAGGAGCAACGUUACGCUAUGCCUCUUUGAAGCUCAGAAAUGGUCCGCAAUCUGAUGAUGAUGAUUCUUGCAGCAUCAACAGUGAUCCAGAAGCCAAGUGCUUCGCUGUGCGAUCUCUGGGCUGGGUAGAAAUGGCAGAAGAAGAUCUGGCUCCUGGAAAAAGCAGUGUUGCUGUGAACAAUUGCAUCAGACAACUGUCUUACUGUAAAAACGACAUCAGAGACACUGUUGGCAUUUGGGGAGAGGGCAAAGACAUGUACCUAAUACUGGAAAAUGACAUGCUGAACCUGAUUGAUCCCAUGGACCGCACAGUUCUUCAUUCACAGCCCAUUGUGAGCAUCAGAGUCUGGGGAGUGGGUCGUGACAACGGCCGAGACUUUGCUUAUGUGGCAAGAGACAAAGACACAAGAAUUCUGAAAUGUCAUGUGUUUCGAUGUGACACACCCGCAAAAGCCAUCGCCACAAGUUUACACGAAAUCUGCUCAAAGAUUAUGGCCGAACGGAAGAAUGCUAAAGCGAUGGCUUGCAGCUCAUUGCAAGAGAGGACAAAUGUCACCCUUGAUGUUCCUCUGCAAGUAGAUUUCCCAACACCAAAGACAGAACUGGUACAGAAGUUCCACGUCCAGUACUUGGGCAUGCUACCUGUAGCUAAACCUGUGGGAAUGGAUACUCUGAAUAGCGCUAUUGAAAGCCUAAUGGCGUCCUCCAGCAAAGACGACUGGAUGCCAGUUACCAUGAAUGUUGCUGAUGCUACUGUGACAGUCAUCAAUGAAAGAAAUGAAGAGGAAAUCAUGGUGGAGUGUCGUGUGCGGUUCCUGUCCUUCAUGGGAGUAGGCAAGGACGUUCACACGUUCGCCUUCAUUAUGGACACAGGAAACCAGCAUUUCGAGUGCCACGUUUUUUGGUGCGAACCAAACGCAGGCAAUGUAUCAGAAGCUGUUCAGGCUGCUUGUAUGUUACGGUAUCAGAAGUGCUUAGUGGCCAGACCUCCUUCACAGAAAGUUCGACCGCCCCCACCUCCUGCAGACUCGGUGACUAGGAGAGUUACAACUAAUGUAAAAAGAGGAGUGCUGUCCCUCAUUGACACUUUGAAACAGAAACGCCCGGUCACUGAGAUGCCGUAGCUGCGUAAGAGAGAAGAUUCUCCUAACAUUUAACUGAAGAUAACAGUAGCUACACUAAGGAAAAUGAACUGACGAUAUCUGGCCUUCCAUUUCAAAUUGCUGAUGCUUUGUCUUCAGAGAAUUUACCCAUAUUGAAACAAUGUUAGACAAGCAUGUUCUCUCGUUCUUGCUACCAUCAUGUGAUAUGAAAAGAAGCAUGAAUAUUUUUUUUGCUGUCAGUGAGUUACAUCAUGAGCAAUGGAAGGUCUCUUUGAUUGUAAAUACAUGAACAUUGCCUAAACUCACACACAAAAAAAAAAAAAAAAAAAGAAUAUGGCCACGUCCCUCCCAGUGAACUCAUGCUAAAGUCCUUGGAGUGAAUGGUGCCCAAGUUGAUAGUUUCACCGUCUUGAGCUGGAUUUGUCACAAACCAAUCUUAAAUCCUACAGCACUUUGCUCUGUUUUCAACACUGGCAUAGGUACCAAGUAUUAGCUACCAUUGAAUUACUGUAGAUUAAAUACGAAGUUUUGUUUUUUACAGAACCUGUUAGUUUCAAAUUGUUUGUCAGCAUUGGUCUAGCAACCACUUUAACACCUCCCUGACAUGCUUUUGAAUCUUGGUGUCAUUAUUUCAUCUCCUGGUUAUACGUGAUGGUCUUAGAGAAGAAUCGUGUUUAAUACCAAACCAAUGCUGAAAAAUCCAGAAGUCUUUUCAGUAAUUGAGUCGCAGGGUGACACACUGAAGCUUUUCAGCUUUAAACAUACAAAUGCAAUGGUUGGCUGUUAAAUUUAUUCUCCUAAAUCUGUCAUUAAUUCAUCAAAAAUACUAUUUGUUUCAUGCGGGGCUCAAACCAAUCAGGAGUAAGAAAGAACUAGUCAGUAAUUUUAUUGUCUUACAACUCUUAUAGAGACUAAAAUAUUCCAUACCUUUUCCAUACAAGUGUUUGAUGAAAUGUUGAAUUCAGCGUCUGGUUGCACAAUUCCCCCUUCCCUUCAGAGUUUGUUGCUGAAUACUUAACGUGCCACAAAAAGAACAAUCAUGUUUCUGGUUAUUUACAAGAUUCCAUGAAAUUUCUUUUCCUUUUCAUGCUCUUGUGAUGAAAUAAGAAGAGAGUUGUUGUCUAACAGGAUAGUGCUUCAGGUGGUACAACUUGAUUUCAAUGCUCUUGCUCCAAAGGCUUCAUGGAAUUGCUUUGAUUUACACGCUACUGCAGACCCUGGCAAAGUCAGCCCGGCGUCGCCCCUUAAAAACGUACCUCAGGCUAAUUUUCAGAUGCAGUUACGCAUCUUGAGUCUCUCCCGUCUUCUGUCUAGACCUGCAGAUUGGUACAAAUUUUGGAAAUGGAACAUUGAAGAUAUUUUUAACUAGUGUUUAAAAUGUUUUGCCUCCAUUUAUAGAUAUGUUCCAAACUGUAACUGCCUCCCAAGUCUGCAAAUCUGGUCGUACUGUAAUUUUAAAAGAACAUCAGCAAGUUUGUUAUUACAGGAACUCUUUUUUCAUUUUACUAUGCAAGAGACUGUUAUAAACAAACUAUUUUCUUUUUAGUUCCUUCUUUAAAGAAAUUAACAGCAACACCUGGACAAAGCAACUUAGGAACACAAGGGGAAAAGAAUGAUGAUUCAAGGAAUUUCUGCAUUGAAAAAUGCAGAAAAAUCAUUAAACUAAACUCACCGUGAUGUAUGAGCGAGUGUCGGGCAAAGGCAAGCUAUGCAACUAUUGUAAUUAAAUUUAGCUCUCUAGACUACUCUCUGAAGAGCUGAUUCUCCACCCAUCUCAGAUCUGUUUAUGGCCGCCAUUCUGCCCCCCAGGCACUGAAGCACUUGUUCCCCUCACAGGCUCAGAGUCCUGCUCCCUCCUUUGUACCAGCUCCAUCACUCGUACAACUGGAGGAGAAGCUGCUUACGCCAAGUAGGCAGGAGCCCGGGAGGCGAGGGGCCACAAACCAGCCCCUCCUUGUAGCAGUACCAGUGGUUUAAACUGCCCACAAAGACAGAUCGCAAAGCGUGAAUUUUAAACCAUAUAAUUAAAUUUUGCAGUUGCAUCUGCGCAGUGCUGCUUCUCCCCAAGAAAGAUCCAGGCUCUCUUUAAACUAAACCAGCACUUGGCAAACAGCAGUGUCAAGGUUCUCCUAUGUAGGUGUUGUCAAGGCUGUGAACAGCUUGUUACCUUUCACUAGCAAUUAUAGGAAGGGCCCAGGAGAAGGUAGAAAGGUAUUUGAAAAGCUGUAGGUCACUUGCCAAUACAUGUUUUAAGAGUUUUGUGUCUGUUAACAAAAUGUUGUUGAUUUUACAAAUAUUUAAGUAGUGUGCUUAAUGGUCUGGCUAUAUGUGUGGCCUUUCUGCUUCAGUAGAGCUCCUUACACUCCAAAAGAUUAUCUAUACACCCAGGUGUUUGCAGAGUCAGACUAAUAAUGCAAAGCCCAUUAUCUUUUAUUAAACAAUGGUAAGACACUCUUAAUAAGACACUCUUUUUACCAUGGCCAAAAAAGUAUGUAUGAGAUACGUGUGUUUGAGCAACUGCUACUGGUUUAGUUGAUGUUAUAGUGACCCUUCAGUUAUCUAUGCAUUUUUUUAUAAUAGCGAUUCUGUAGGUAGGCAGCCAUGUUCACUAUGCCUUGUAUGUCUGACGCCAUAUUUUAAAUUAACCUGUUAAAUACAGCUUAAAAUAUUUUUAUUUUAUUUAUUCUAUUUUUACUGAAAUAUCCUGCAUUAUUAUGUUGGUGUAUUGUCUUUACUGGAUGUGCUCUUGUAACAUUCUCCACUCUGUAUACAAUAGGUUGCCUAAAAAAGGCAGGCUUUGUAAUUAUUUGUAGUUGCAUUUUUAUUGAAGUCUGUAGAAAAAUCAUGUAAAGCAAAGCUAAUUUCUUAAUUUUUUUCAAUGCAAGUAGUAAGUUAGAGGUGAGUAUCACAUGUCAUUAAUAUGCUCCCUUGCGGAAGCAAGGCGAUUUAUAUUCACAGUCGACGACUCAAGAGAUAAAAGCCUUUCUUU